AUGAUGCUCAACAUCUUCUUCGUCAGUCCUCAACUCCAGGAGAGCACCCGCUAUCUCCUCUUCAUCUACAUGCUUUUAAACGACACAAUAUAUUUAUUCCUGGCCUUCUACUUAGUGAUGGCAGCAAAGUAUUUAUUUUAUGUCCCUGUACCUGUCUGCUUCAUCUUGUAUGCCAUUUCAUCGAGUGUAUUUAGGGUAACUCCAUACAACCUUGCCGCCAUGGCUCUGGAACGUUACAUGGCCAUCUGUUACCCACUUCGCUAUGCAGCGCUGUGCACCAAAAAAAGAGUGAAUAUAGCCUAUGUCUCAAUAUGGGUGUUACUCAUAAUCCUACAUGGUGCCGAGCUGUUCUUUAUGUUCUCAUCCGUUACAAAUCUAUAUCGCUAUGCCAUCUGCUUACAUGAUACCCUACUGGUAAAUCCCAUUCAGAACGUCAUAAGGACCUUCGGCUUCGUCCUAUGUUUCGGCUUGGUGGGAAUCAUCCUCAUACUUACCUAUGUUAAGAUCAUGCUGGUUGCCCGCAAAGUAAGUUCUCAAUCGUCUUCUGCUUCCAAAGCUGGAAAGACCGUCAUGCUUCACGCAUUUCAGUUACUGUUGUGUAUGUCUUCCCUACUGUCCACGCUCACUGAAACAUUUUUGCCCACGAUGAUCGAAUACAUGCCAAUAACAAACUUUUUUGUCUUCACUUGUGUGCCGAGGUUCCUCAGCCCCGUCAUCUAUGGAUUCCGGGAUGAAGAACUGAAAAAGCACAUCAAAAAGUCUUUAUGGAAGCAUCUCCAUUAG